AUGGAGUUAUUGACAGAGUUGAACUUCAAUGCGGGAUACGAAAGCCUGUUGGCGAAAAUCCUAACAACAUAUUUCACCGGAGUAUUCACACUAUGCAGAGUGCUGCAUCGGGCGGAUGGAAGAUUCACUAACAUCACAGCGAACAUCGGAACGGACUUACCCUUUGUUGUAGUCGUCGAGCAGAAAUCGUUCUGGUUCGAGUUCCCGUUAAAACCUGCCAUUGAGCAUGGGUGUACGGUUUUCGUUGUCGAUGAGAACGCCAUUUUCAAGUUCCUUGACAAAUACAUACCAAGUCACGAUGAGUCUAUGUUUCGACGACCGGAAAAAUAUGUCAUAAUGAUAAUGACUAUUCGCGCAACGCAAAUUGAACAUUCAAUUCAUUUGAAAAGAAUAUUAUUUCAUCCAGCCCUGCAAGAAAUCCCAAACUUACUUCUCGUAGUACCUAACGGAAACGCCGUUAAGCUGAUGACACAUCGCUAUGUUGGAAAUCUUCCUGGAUCCAUGGAUCUAUUACAUUUGGAUACAUACUUUCCACAAAACAAUACCUAUUUACUUGAACGAAACUUAUUCCCAAACAAACUCGCCAACCUGAUGGGCAAGACAUUCAAAUUGGCAUCGUUCUUCCUGCUACCUUGGGUUAUGCCACGUCGAACAGAUGACGGAAUUGUCCGGUAUUUAGAGCAAUCGCACACCAUAGACGGACUCGACGGAUACAUUUUAGUGCAGUUCUGUCUAUGGUACAAUUGUACCUGGAGUCUCUCUAUCGAUCAGGAGAAGCAGUACGGCCAUGUGUUCGACAAUAACCAUUCAGGUAAUGGAAUGAUUGGAGCACUGCUGUAUCGAGAGGCUGAUUUUGCGAUAGGAGCCGUCGGAGGAUGGUAUCAGUUAUUUCAGUAUUUUAGCUUCUCCGCUCCGAUUCAAUGGAUUGGAAUAACAUGUCUUGCGCCUAAAUCGACACUGAUUUCAUCCUGGAAAAUAAUUUUUAUGAUGUUUACCAAACCCGUUUGGGCAAUGGUGAUUGCAUCAUUCAUCAUUAUAUCCAUCUUUGAUCGUAUUCUGCCGAGACAUUACAAUACUGUCUCUUCACAACGAAAAAGUUUGUCGUGGUCGUUCUUAAAUGUGCUUGCAUCUUUCCUACUGCUUCCGUCAUACUUAAGACGAGACCGUACUUCAGAAGUAAUCGUGUCUUUGGUACUAAUCACGGGAACAUUCAUCAUCGGAUACGUAUAUAUCGGAAAGAUUCAUAGUAUUCUGGCGGUUCCUAUAUUCCAACCCCCGAUCGAUACGGUUAUUGAUUUAGCAGAAAGCGGCCUCCCGUGGAAUGCACCCCAUGAAGCCUGGACGUUCAUGUUGAAAGGAAGCGAGAAUCCAUACAUUCAACAAGUUUUGCGUACCUUCAACGUUGCACCGAUUCCAGCUUUGCACAGGAUAGCAGACGAAGGCAAACAGUCAUUCGUUAUGGCAACACUUCAUAAUGGUCAUUCUAUGGUUGGUACCUGGCUCACUGCCAACAACAUCGAAAAUUAUCGACUAAUGACUGAGUUCCUCUAUUACGAGUAUGAUACAGGUUAUGCGACCAAAACUUGGCCACUGUUGGACAAUUUCGACUAUCUGGCGAUGUGGAUACGUGAUGCCUGUUUGUUUCGGUACGUGGAAUUGCAGGAGGUGUACCAUUACAUGGACUACCGAGUGCAGAUCUCGAUCGAACAUUCCAGGGAUAAACAGAAAACUGUCCUGAAACCAUUUGGAGUGAGUGAAAUCAGCGGUGGAUUAUUGAUACUAGGGUUUGGGUAUGCGAUAGCUUCAGUAUUGUUCAUUUGUGAGGUCACAGCAAAGUUUUUCAAGUGAAAGAGGCUGUUGAGGCUUGUAGUACCAAG